AAAAAACCCUAAUUUGCCUUCUUAAGGAGAGUUUUAGAAGAUCAAUCAUAAAAUUGUGCAGUUGUGAGGUUGGAUGUUAUGGGGACUUUGAGAAAUGCAAAUGCAGAUCUUACUGUUCUGUUUGCAUAAAAAAGGUUUUCUUUAAAAUAUUACCCUGAUUACAAAGCAGUUGGGAUGUUGUAAAUUCUUUAUGACAUGUAUUCAAUUGAAAACCGUACAAAGAAAAUUAUAUUUUAUGUCCAAACUGAUAAACCUACCCUUAAUUGGAAUUAGAGUUGUACUCAGUACUCUUUCUUUCUAUGAAGGUUUUCUAAAUUAGACAUAUAUAUAACAACAUAACAAUAUAGCAAUAUAUUGAAACGUAACCCCUGUAUGAUGAAACAUAUCUUGUCAAUGAACUACCAUAAAACUACAGCUAGCAGUCAUUAGCUUAUUUUAGCAUAAAAAUUUAGAAAAACGACUCACCUGGUUCUGUGCAAAGAUAACAAUUUAUGAAUUGUCAUUUUUACACAUUUUGUAGGGAUUAAACAAACAAGAUAAAAGGUUCUAAUCAGUAAAAGAAAACUUUAGACAGAGUGAGGCUAGCUGUUUCCUCCUGUUUUGUUUAUGCUAAGCUAUGCUUACUACAUACUGCUUCAUAUUAAGCGUAGGCCUACAGAUAUGACACAGAUAUCAGUUCUCUUUUCUAACUUUUGGCAAAAAAAAAAAAAAAGCAAAAAGCAAAGACGUGCAUUUCCCAAAAUAUCAAACUUUUGCUUUAGGCAGGGAGAGUAGAAUAAAAAUGUUCUAAUUUCAGGACAUUUAAAGGUGGCAUGUGAACAUGAUUACUUGUUGGGGGGGAAUCAAUAAUCUGUGAAUUUUUGAUUGAUACAGUACUGCCGAGGCGAGUGCACUAACUGUGGCACGAAUGUAGCAGAGGGCAAGUUUAAGUGCCACGUUUUCAUUAAGAUUUUUUUUCUUUUGUACAUUUAUCUCAUUUUUAUGGUCUUAAAAUGCAAGUUAACUAGUUUCAAAUUUGUAUCUUUUUUAUAAUUAGACAUCUGAUUUCAUAAUUGUAUAGAUUUAUGUAUAAGAUAAAAGACAUGUUUUGUGAAUGUAUGAGUUGUGUAUCAUAUUUUGAUAUUCAGAUGAUAUCUAUAUGCAUUACAGUAUUAUAAUGAACUUUAGCUGUGUAUGCUUCUAUUGUGUGAUUGGUUGUGUUCAACAAUCAGUUUCCUAAAUAUUAAGAACCUAUCAAAACUGUAUAAUGUGAUGAAGUGCUAUUGUUACCAUUAGUAAUAUUCUGAAUAAGCUAUCUGCAGCCUGAUAUAUACACAGUAUAAAUUUAGUCUGCCAUUUGAAACAAAUAUUAACUGUAGAGCAUUUAAAGGGACACUUGUUUAAUUGGAGUAAAUUAAAUAUUUUUUAUGCUUUUGUCUCCAUUUUCUCAUGGUGAAACAUUAGGUGGCUCUGUUCUGGACCUUGCCUACUCCAAUAAAUGUUUUAAAUCAAAGUUCAAACUUUAUGGCUUUGGUUUGAAGGAAGAAGCUCAAAACAGAAACAAUCAUAAGUAGUCAUAAAAGGAACGGGGCGGGUCGAGAGACCUGCAUGAAUGCAGAUUAUCAAAACGUUUUGCUAUAUUUUCAUGGGACAAACUGGAGGGGCAGAACAAGUAUUUUAGCUGUCUCACAAACUCUGUUGGUCGACCACAACAUGGCAGGAAGUUCGCCGACACAAUGUACUGAAAGGUUGUUUAAGGUUUUAGUCAUUGGGGAUUCAUAUGUUGGGAAAAGCAGCCUUAUCUUUCGCUAUGUUAAUAAUCACUUUAAACGUGACACAUAUCUAACUAUUGGAGUUGACUUCGCCACAAAAACAAUUGAAUGGGAUGCAAAGACAGUGGUGAGACUGCAGCUUUGGGGUAUUGCAGGUGAGUGUCAAGAUUAAAUAUUAAAAUCUCUAGUGCAAUAAUAUAGACUGAUAUCUGAUAAUGGUGCCAUAGAAAUGUACGAUUAUUGUCUGUUUGUAUUGAAAGGGCACUGAGAAUGCAGAAAAAAAAACAUCUAAAAUUUAACUAUUUUCUGUUUUUCAUGGUGAAACAUUAGCUUGCAUACUCCAGUAACUGUUUGAAUCAAAGGUCAAAGAUUUAUGGCUUUAGCAGUGAAGUAAAAAGGCUCAGAACUGGAACACUGUAGUUGUAAAAGGAACAAAUAGGGUUGAGACGUCUGCAGUAAACACAGAUUAUGAUUAGAAGCAGACCUAGUUUUAGCUGUCUCCAGAACUCUCCAGGUCGACCAAAACAUGGCAAGAAUUUCAGUGACACAAUAUACAGAAAAGCUGUUUAAAGUUUUAAUCAUUGGCGAUCCAGAAGUUGGGAAAAGCAGCGUUAUCUUGCGUUAUGUUAAUGAACGCUUUGAUGAAAACUACAAGUUAUCUAUUGGAGUUGACUUUGCUUUAAAAACAGUUGAUUGGGAUGCAAAGACAAUGGUGAGACUGCAGCUUUGGGAUAUUGCAGGCCAGGAGAGGACGCGGAACAUGACCAGAGUGUACUUCAAAGGGGCAAUGGGAGCACUCGUGGUCUUUGACAUUACAAAAAGCUCCACCUUGGAGGCCGCCUCAAAGUGGAAGCACGACCUGGACAGCAAAGUCUGUCUCGACAGCGGACAUCCCAUCCCUGCUGUCCUACUGGCCAACAAAUGUGACAUGACAGGAAGGGACAGAGAUUUGGUGUCCUCCCUGGACCGCUUCUGUAAAGACAACAACUUCAUGGGCUGGUUUGAGACUUCUGCAAAGGACAAUAUAAAUAUUGAUGAGGCAGGUGCCUUCCUUGUCAAACAAAUGAUGCUCUGCGACACCGGCCAGCCCACCGAAGAGCACCGCUGGGACGGGAUCAAAGUGAGCCAGGCUCCCGGGGAGAGUCAGAGCCAGUCAUUGUGCUGCUGGAGACCACGCUUCUGA